GAGUCCCUGAGCACCCUUAUUGCCAGGAUUGAGGAGGGCAUGGCCAAGAUCCAAAGAUUGUGCCCUCAGGACUCUAGUAAGCCCUACAGUCUUUCCACCCUUGAUGCUGAGCUGGUGUCUAUGGCCAUGAUCCAUGCUUUUGGCGAAGACUAUGCCCAAUUUGCAUCUAGCCUGAUCCUCCUCAAGUCCUUGGACAAGAAGGAACUCAAGGCCGCCUUCCUUACUGAGGAAACCCAGCACUGUCGACAUGCUGAU